UGGUCGCUGAUGGCGGCGGGGCCGAGCAGGCGGAGCGACCGCAGACAGCGACACAGGCCCGGCGGAGCCGAGACCCGGAGACCCGGAGAACCGGAGAACCGGAGCAGCACCGAGGCACCGAGGAACCUCAGCCCGGGGACGAGGCUCCUUCCCCGGCCACGGCAGCAGCGAGGCCCCGCUGGACCGAUGGAGGACUGACUCCGCCCACCGGCCUGACUCCGCCCACCGGUGUCUCGUUAGCUCGCUAAGCCGCUAACGGCCCUUCAGACGGCAGACGGACGGAGGUGAAGAUGUAGCGGCUCCGCCCUCGGGACUAGACGUCAGCGGCUACCGCUAUAGCGUUAGCGGCAAGCAGCUGGUUAGCGGUGGCGCGGGGCUGAGCGCUAGCGGCGCGGGGGUGCGAUGGAGUACCACUCCGGUGGCAGCCUGCCCCUGCUGGGGAGACCGCGCUACUGCCCCGGCGCUAGCGCUAAUGCUAAUGGAGGCUACCUGUGCGAGACGGGCCACUGCUGCGGAGAAACGGGCUGCUGCACGUACUACUACGAACUCUGGUGGUUCUGGCUGCUCUGGACUGUCCUGAUCCUGUUUAGCUGCUGCUGCGCGUACCGCCACCGCCGCGCUAAGCUACGCGUCCAGCAGCAGCAGCGGCAGCGUGAGAUUAGCCUGCUAGCUUACCACGGAGCCACCUCCUUCCCCUCGUCCAUGCUGGACCUCAGUUUCCUAGCGACGCUGAAGCUGCCGUCGUACGAGGAGGUGGCAGCGCAGCCGUCCACGCCUCCCCCGCCCUACAGCUCCGUGUUCACCCGUUACCCACAACCCCCCGGGGCGGCCGGCUCCGUGUUCACCACGCCCCGUUACCCACAACCCCCCGGGGCGGCCGGCUCCGUGUUCACCACGCCCCGUUACCCACAACCCCCCGGGGCAGCGGACCCCCACCUGCUGACGCUGCACCGGCCGCUGAGCGACGGCCGCUCAUCGCUCAGCUCCGACAACAGCUCCAGCUGCUCCUGCGACUCCUGCUGCCCGUCCUCCCCGUGUAGCUCCUCCCUCUCGCCGCCCGUCACCUACGAGACGGACACGAGCCCCGCCUCCACACCCGGCGAGGCCACGCCCCUCACGCUAGACCACGCCUCCACGCCCGGCGAGGCCACGCCCCUCACGCUAGACCACGCCUCCACGCCCAGCGAGGCCACGCCCCUCGCCCUGGACGUCGCCGUGGAGACGGUCGCUAACGCCGCGGCGGCCGUGUCGGUGGAGGUCGGAGACCCGGAGGAGCAGCUAGCCAGGGACUCGCCGCUAACCCCCGGCCAGUCCGUUACCGUGGCGAUUUCAGGGUCUCUGCCCCCCCCCGGGGGCCCCCCAGACCCCUACGGGGCCCCCGAGGCCCUACAAGGUCUCGGGUCACCGAGAACUUUGGAUCCGGCCCUGGUUCCACCUCCAGAUGUUGAGAGAAUGUUGUUUCUCCAAACGAGUCCAGGACUUGAUUUAGUGCCACUUUGUGAACAGACGACCCCGAACCAAGACCAGGACCAGGUCCAGGUCCAGGACCAGGACCAGGUCCAGGACCAGGACCAGGACCUGUCCAACCUGACUAAGGUCCUGGUUCUGUCCGACCCGCCCGAAGCUCCGGCUCCGUCGCAGCUUCUUCCCCUGGUUCUGGUUCCGGUUCUGGUUCCGGUUCUGGUUCCGGAUCUGGUUCCGGAUCCGUCCGUCGUCCUCGUUCCGAGUCCAACACCUUCAAAUACGAGCCGGAGCAGCGCCGCCGCGGCUUCACCCGCGGCUUCACCCGCGGCUUCACCCGCGGCUUCACCCGCGCUGCCUCGCGGCCAGGACCUGGAUCUGGUCCAGACGGGUCCUGGUCCUGGACCUGGUCCUGGACCUGGUCCUGGUCCUAGUACGGGUCCGGGUCCUGGUCCUGCAGCUCCGGUUGGGACCGGAUCGGCCGAGCCGGACCUCGUUGUUCCACAGUUGCCUUUAGACGUCCGGGCCGGUUUGAGAUCUGGAUCAGGAUCUGGAUCGGCGCCGAGUCCUCGUCCCGCCGUGGCGGUGCAGUCGGAGGGUUGCCGGGCCAAUUCCCCGUCGCCGGCGUCGUUGCUCCUGGACCCGCUCAAAGCCGGCUCUUCCUCCUCCUCUUCCUCGCUGUCGCCGUCGCCCAGAAACAGCCAGUCGCCGCCCAAACAGACCGUCUUCUCGCCCUGCGUGGACGUCUUCCAGCCCCGACCCCCGAGCUGGGAAAACAACGGAGACGACGGAGACGAGCCGCCGCGGAACGACGACGAGGACGAGGACGAGAUGGGGGCCGACGAGAGCCAGUACCGGCACCGGCGGCUCACCGGAGACUCCGGCAUCGAGGUGUGCCGCGUGGACUGUCCCGCCCGGAGCCCGUUGAGCCCGACGCUGUGCACCGCCACCGCGGCGGCUAGCGCCGCGCCAACCGCCGACGGCGCCGGCAAGGUCGUCAUCGUCGUGGAGACGUGUUCCCCCAACGUUCCCACUAUGUUCCCCCAGUGUUCCCCCAACGUUCCCACAAAUUUCCCACAACGUUCCCCCAGUGUUCCCACAACGUUCCCCCAGUGUUCCCACAACGUUCCCACAACGUUCCCCCAACGUUCCCCCAACGUUCCCCCAGUGUUCCCACAACGUUCCCCCAGUGUUCCCACAACGUUCCCCCAGUGUUCCCACAACGUUCCCCCAGUGUUCCCCCAAAUUUCCCCCAACGUUCCCACAACUGUUCCCACAACGUUCCCCCAACGUUCCCCCAACGUUCCCACAAAUUUCCCACAACGUUCCCACUAUGUUCCCCCAACGUUCCCACAACGUUCCCACAAUGUUCCCCCAGUGUUCCCCCAACGUUCCCCCAACGUUCCCACAAAUUUCCCACAACGUUCCCACAAAUUUCCCACUAUGUUCCCACUAUGUUCCCCCAACGUUCCCACUAUGUUCCCACAACGUUCCCACAACGUUCCCCCAGUGUUCCCCCAGUGUUCCCACAACGUUCCUACAAUGUUCCCCCAACGUUCCCACAACGUUCCCCCAGUGUUCCCCCAGUGUUCCCCCAACGUUCCCACAACGUUCCCCCAGUGUUCCCCCAGUGUUCCCACAAUGUUCCCCCAACGUUCCCCCAACGUUCCCCCAACGUUCCCCCAACGUUCCCCCAACGUUCCCCUAACGUUCCCACAAAUUUACCACUAUGUUCCCACAACAUUCCCACAACGUUCCCACAACGUUCCCACAACGUUCCCACAACGUUCCCCCAGGGUUCCCACAACGUUCCCCCAAUGUUCCCCCUGUGUUCCCCCUGUGUUCCCCCAACGUUCCCCCUGUGUUCCCCCAGUGUUCCCCAACGUUCCCCCAACGUUCCCCCUGUGUUCCCCCAGUGUACCCCAACGUUCUCCCAACGUUCCCACAACGUUCCCCCAACGUUCCCACAAUGUUCCUAAAAUGUUCCCCCAACGUUCCCCCAACGUUCCUAAAAUGUUCCCCCAACGUUCCCCCAACGUUCCCCCAACGUUCCCACAAUGUUCCCCCAACGUUCCCCCAACGUUCCCCCAACGUUCCCCCAGUGUUCCCACAACGUUCCCCCAACGUUCCCCCAACGUUCCCACAACGUUCCCCCAACGUUCCCACAAUGUUCCUCCAACGUUCCCCCAACGUUCCCCCAACGUUCCCCCAACGUUCCCCCAACGUUCCCACAACGUUCCCCCAACGUUCCCCCAAUGUUCCUACAACGUUCCCCCAACGUUCCCCCAGUGUUCCCCCAACGUUCCCCCUGUGUUCCCCCAACGUUCUCCCAACAUUCCCCCAACGUUCCCCCAACGUUCCCCCAACGUUCCCACAACGUUCCCCCAACGUUCCCCCAACGUUCCCCCAGUGUUCCCCCAGUGUUCCCACAACGUUCCCACAAUGUUCCCCCAACGUUCCCCCAAAGUUCCCACAAUGUUCCCCCAGUGUUCCUACAAUGUUCCCCCAUUCCCCCAACGUUCCCACAACGUUCCCAAAAUUCUCAGAUUCUCACCGACUCCAAACUAA